GGCAGACUAUGGUAAUGGCAAAAGACAGAGAUAUGCUUAAGGAUGGUGGUGUGGGAUCUGAUCUGGUUGAAGAAAAGAUUCGCAGACUGCCUGCUGGAGGUGAGGGUUGGGACAAAAAAAUGAAAAGGAAACGAUCAGUAGGUGCUGUUUUUACCAGACCCAUGGAUAGUGAUGGAGAGUUAAAACGAGCGAUGCAUCAUAAGCUUAACAAUGAAACCGGUCUGCUAGCUGGUGAUGCUCAGGGUAUCAGAUCAGGAUCUUCUAAUGGUAGUAGUGGUGCUAACAAGUUAGAUGGUACAUCCUUGUCUGCCAGUUCAAAUGCCCGUGUGACACAGAAGACUGAACUGGAAAAGGCCUCUCUCUCAAGGGAUCACACAGCUGGAUUGAAUAAGGAAAGGCUUGUAGCAAAAGGAAGCAAUAAGUUAAAUAUCCGCGAGGACAAUAAUGUAGUCACUCCUAGCCCAAUAAUAAAAGGAAAGGCUUCAAGGGGACCACGAACUGGCCCUGUGGUGGCAAAUUCAUCUCUUAAUUUUCCUCGCACAUCUGGAGCACUGGAAGGCUGGGAACAGUCUCCAGGUGUAAACAAAAUCCAUUCAAUAGGUGCAACUAAUAAUCGCAAGCGUCCUAUGCCCACAGGAUCAUCCUCUCCCCCCAUGGCUCAGUGGGGAGGUCAGAGACCACAAAAAAUCUCUCGCACUAGGAGAGCAAAUCUUGUCUCUCCUGUCUCAAACCAUGAUGAAGUGCAAAUAUCAUCCGAAGGCUGCACUCCUGAUUUUGGCGCUAGAAUGGCUUCCACUGGGAACAGUGGGUCGCUUCUUGCCAGGGGUGUGGGUAAUGGCUCUCAACAUGGUAAAAUGAAACUCGAAAAUGUUUCUUCUCCCGCCAGAUUAUCUGAAAGUGAAGAAUCUGGUGCUGGUGAAAACAGAUCAAAGGAAAAAGGAAUGGGCAGUUGUGAAGCAGAGGAAAGAUCUGUAAAUGGAAUUCAGAAUGUUGGGCCUUCAGUGUUGCUUGCAAAGAAGAACAAAAUUCUAAUUAGGGAAGAAAUCGGAGAUGGUGUGCGGAGACAAGGACGAAGUGGAAGGGGCUCGGCAUUUUCUAGGGCUAGCAUAUCACCAAUGAGGGAAAAGUUUGAGAAUCCAACUACAACAAAACCACUUCGAAGUGCAAGGCCUGGUUCUGAUAAGAAUGGAAGCAAGUCAGGCCGUCCUCCUCUUAAAAAACAGUCAGAUCGAAAGGCACUUACACGUAUAGGGCAAACUCCAAAUAGUGGUUCUCCGGAUUUCACAGGUGAUUCAGAUGAUGAUCGUGAAGAACUACUAGCAGCUGCAAAAUUCACUGGUGAUGCUAACUAUCUUGCCUGCUCUGGUUCAUUCUGGAAAAAAUGGAACCUUUUUUCGCUUCUGUCAACUUGGAGGACACAUCCUAUUUGA